AUCCCUGUUAAAAAAAUCCAUUCCUUCCUUCCAGAAGAUUUUGUUUCCCAUUCAGUUUAAUUCAAUUGAAUUAUUUCCAGUUUUUACUUACUCAUUUCAAUUCCCACCUCUUUAAAUUACGAACCCUAAAUAAAUCGAUCAAACACUUGAUUAAACCUCCCUUCCUUGAAUACAAUGCUUCACAAGAGCUUCAAACCCGCUAAAUGUAAAACGUCGUUGAAACUGGCAACGUCACGGAUAAAAUUGAUGAAAAACAAAAAAGGAGUACAGAUUAACCAGAUAAAGAAGGAUUUAGCCCACUUGCUUGAAACUGCCCAAGACCGAACUGCCCGAAUUCGAGUAGAGCAUGUGAUUCGGGAAGAGAAGAUGGUGGCCGCGUAUGAUUUGAUUGAGAUAUACUGUGAACUUAUUGUAGCACGCCUCCCCAUUAUUGAAUCUCAAAAAACUUGUCCUAUUGACCUGAAGGAAGCAGUCACUAGCGUGAUAUUUGCAGCUCCAAGAUGUUCAGACAUAUCAGAACUCGCUGAUAUCAAAAAGCAGUUUGCCGCAAAAUACGGGAAAGAGUUUGUUACGGCCGCUCUUGAACUACGGCCCGAUUGUGGUGUAAGUCGCAUGUUGGUUGAGAAGUUAUCUGCCGUGGCUCCCAACUUGGAGACAAAAAUCAAAGUAUUAAGUGCUGUGGCGAAAGAACACAACAUCGAAUGGGAUGCAACUUCAUUUGAGGAGAAGGAAGCAAAACCUUCAAAUGACUUGCUGGAUGGACCUCCUAAAUUUGAAAAUGCCCACAUGGAAUAUACUGAUCCACCAAAGGUUCAACCUUCAAAUAACAAUGCCAUGCACAGCCAUGGAGAAAAGCCCAUUGCACCUGCUGACUUUUCUGAGCAGAACAGGAGAUACACACUAGGUAAUCAGAAUUUAACCUCUACGGAUAAUAGUGGUGAAGCAUCAUCUUCUGCUACUCAUGCUGAUAUGAAAUCUUCAGGAACAAGUUCUGAGAGGAUUGAAACAAGGCAACCAGUUCAUAGGGGUGAUGAUGAUUAUUUGUCAGGCAGGCAGAACUGGAAUAUGGAAUUUAAGGAUGCUACUGCUGCAGCACAUGCAGCAGCUGAGUCUGCUGAACGAGCAGCUAUGGCUGCCAGAGCUGCUGCCCAGUUUUCUAGUCGUGAGAAGAUGGCCUACCACCAUCCUACAGUUUCACAUCUGUCUAACAACAGAGACCAAAUUCGUCAUGUUUCUGAUUCUCCGGGAUCUAUUGGUCAAAGUCCCCUGGAUGAUAGAAAACCUAAGGUACCAAAUAGACACAUUGAUCGAAGUGAACCUGAUACCUCACAGGACGUUACUGGAAAAUUUGAUAGCGGUAGUAUAAGAUCCAGCGAACCAACCUUCUCUAAAUCCAAUAAUGAGCCAGGCAUGGAUGACAAAGUGGUAAAUAAUUUGAACAUGGCAGAUGGCUAUUUUGAAGAAUCUUGGCAUGACAAUGAAGGUCCCACCUCUCCUGAAAUGACAACCCAUGAAGAAUUUAGAGAAUCUGAAACUGAGUCAGGAAAUUUUGAGUAUGAAAGCAUAAAUUUCUUUGCGGAAGAAACUACUAAACAGCAACCAAGCGUGCGUUCUUCUCAUUCACGCUCUAGCACUGCUAGUGGCGAACAUGAUGUAGCUGGCCAUCAGAAAGAUAGUAAAAGAAGUGUUGUUGGGAAUCCUUUUGCUGCUGUUGAUCAAGGAAGCCCUUUCAGAGAAUCCACUAAGAUGAGCUCCAAUUUAGAUGAUGAAGCCAUCUCUGACAAUGAGGGUGGACCUACGUUUGAUUCAGGAUUUGAGUAUGACGAUAUAGAAGGUAUUCAUUCCCUAGAGAAUGCUCAUAUUUGGAGUCCUAGAAGGAGCAAUAGUAACAAGGUUGAUCAACAGAGUCAGUCACACCUUUUUUCAGAAAGUCACUUCUCUCGUGAUCAUUCUUUUAAAAAAUCUGUGGAACCGUCAGAAACCGAUGAUUAUGUACCGGCGAGUUUUGAUCAUUCAGAUGGUCCAGAUUCUGAAAGUGAAAGUGACUUACCUGUGGAUCCCAAGCCAUCAUUUGUGGAGCCUUCAGAAAAGUUCAAUUCAAGAAAAUCUCGAAUUGAAUUGAAUGAUUUGGUUGAAGAGGAAUCAUCUUUAUACAACUCUGAUGAUGAGAAGAAAAGACCUGAAUCUCAGCAUGAGUUAAAGAAGCGUACUUUAGACCAAAAUAUAUAUGACACAUUGGAAGGUAAUGAUUCCUUGAACCAAACUGAUGAUUUAAAUUCUAGCAAGGAGUUGAACUUUGAAGCGCUGACUGGUGGCCUUAGACACAAAGGUGGCCUUAGGUACCCUCCCCUUGUAAAAAGUGUGACAACUGAGGAAUCAUAUAUGUCCAAGAAGUCACUUGAUGGAAGUUCCAUAACAGGAGGCCAAACAUCUCUCCAGAGUUCUCUAGAUUCAAAAGCGAACAUAGUGGAAGAUGAAAAACCAGGUAUUUCUAUUUCAAGUUCUGACUCAGAUUCCGAGAGAUCAAGCAAACAAGCCAACACCAAACCAAGAUUUUCACCUGCUCCAUUCUUUGAUGACGACGGAACUGACACUGAAGAGGAGGUUACAAAACAAGUGCCAAUUAGGGUACGUUUUGGUGCAGGGCUUUCUCGGAGGACAAGAGGAUCUGCUCCAGCUCCUUAUUCAAAGACCCAUGUUGAACUAAAGCCUGAGCCGAAUACAGUAAUUCCUACUCAGUAUUCCUACUCAGAAGAAAUUCCAGCCGAGCCGCAGCCUUAUGCAAGGAAGUUUAGCGAAGAUACUAAACACACUCCUGAAUCACGACAACACAUUAGGCCCUCAAGAAAAACAGUAGAAACUGGCCAAAUCAAAUCAACCACAUCUGAUCCCCGAGUCAACGAAUAUAGUCUGAUCAAGACGACCAAAUCUGAGCCCCAAGUCGACCAAUAUAGUCGGAUCAAGCCUACCACAUCUGAGGCGCGAGUCAACCAAUAUAGUCGGAUCAAGCCGAAUACAUCUGAGGCCCGAGUUAACCUAUCUGUGAAUACUAAACAAGGACCUGUUGAGACUAGGCCGGAGUCUAAGAUACCAACACGUGAACCGAGUCCCAUAAGAACUUAUGUUGAAUCAGAUAAUUCAAAGAAAACUAAAACACCAAAUUUGGGAGCUGAAAGAUCAUCCGGGGAAAAUUUAGCGAAGAAACCAAGUCAUGUUCAUCCAAAGCUUCCUGACUACGAGUCUCUAGCUGCCCGUUUACAGUCGAUGAGAACUGAUCACCAGUAAAUACAUAUAUUGUUUUGUGUAGAUAAUACAUGCAGCAUCAUUUAGUCCUAUUUACUUUAGGUGCUGGUUUACAUAUAAUGGAUUUGUUUGUUUAUUUGUCGGUUAGAGAGAACGACCAAUCUUUAUACUGUGUUGUAAUACGGAUGGUUUGUUGAGAACUUCUGUUUUUGUGGUUAUAAUAAGUUGAGCAUAUUUAAAAUCA